GUUGUAAUAAUGAUUUUAUAAUGUCUCACACCUAGCAUGUUAUUACUAAUUUUUACUCUGGUGGUCCUUAAUAAAAAAAUACUUCCCAUUUAAAAUUCUAUUUAUAUCACCUCAGAUUCCAAACCCAAUAUUGCUAAGUUCAUUGCCUUCUCUGUCAGUUUCUUAAUUCCAAGAUUGCAGAUAAGAAAUCAAUGGAGUUGGAUCUAACACCAAAAACAGCACAACCAAUUUUUGAGGUAGAUGGUUGUGGUUAUUACACUUGGUUAAGUUCUGAUGUUCCAGUUUUGGCUAAGACAAAUGUUUGUGCUGGUCAAUUUGUUCUUCAACCAAGGGGAUUUGCUUUUCCUCAUUAUGCUGAUUCAUCCAAAGUUGGUUAUGUUAUUGAAGGGACUGAUGGAGUAGUUGGAAUGAUACUCCCUAACACCAAAAAAGAAAUAGUUUUGAAGAUUAAGAAAGGAGAUGUUAUACCUGUCCCUGUUGGAGGUGUUUCAUGGUGGUUCAAUGAUGGUGAAUCAAAACUUAGUAUCAUAUUUCUUGGAGAAACUUCAACAGCUCAUGUUUCAGGGGAAAUCUCCUAUUUUUUCCUAAGUGGUCUUCUAGGAUUUUUAGGAAGUUUCUCUAGUGAUUUAAUAAGCAAAGUAUAUAAUUUUGAUAAAAAUGAGGUCAAUAAAUUAACACAAAACCAAAAGGGUGGUGUGAUGAUCAAAAUAGAAAAAGACCAACCAAUGCCUAAGCCACAAUUGGACCUAACUAAAGACUUUGUUUAUGACAUUGAUUCUAAAACCCCAGACACUGAGGCCCAAAAUUUAGGAUUAGUAACAACCUUAACGGAGGAAGAUUUUCCUUUUAUUAAGGAUGUUGGUUUGAGUGCGAUUAGAGUUAAACUUGAACCUAAUGCUAUUAAGGCACCAUCAAACUUAGUUACCCCUGGGAUUCAGUUAAUUUACAUUGCUAAAGGAAGUGGAAAAUUUGAAAUUGUGGGAUUAAGUGGAAAACGUGUAUUGGAUAGUGAAGUUAAGGUUGGUCAUUUGAUUGUUGUGCCACAAUUUUUUGUGGUUGCUCAAAUUGCAGGUAAAGAAGGAUUGGAGAGUUUCUCUAUUGUCACAACUACCAAGCCUGUGUUUGAAGAGUUGGCUGGCAAGGUAUCGGUGUUUGGAGCCUUAUCACCCACGGUGCAACAAGUGUCUUUCAAUGUGGAUUCUCAGUUUCAAAAGCUUUUCAUAUCUAAGACCACUCAAAACACAAAUCUCAUUCCCCGUACUAUUUAGUUUAUAUAUCAAAAUAAAUUCCCUGUGUUAGUUUUUUAUGCUAUAAUAAUAAGGUGUUUGUUUGUUUUGAAUAAUAAACCUUUCCUUAAAGGGUGGAUGAAGUUUGCAUGUUAUGAUGUUGUAGCUACACUAUUAAUAAUUUUUACUUAAUUAGUAUCACUAAGAAAAAAUAAAUAAAUGCUCUAUAUUCAA